CCGAUACCAUCAUGGCACAGAGCCACACGCAGACAGCACACAGGUCGCCCGCUCGCACACACACACACACACACGCACAAACAUACGGGAGAAAAUGGCUGCAAGAUGGGACAACUUGCUUGCUUACACGGUCAGUGCGCGAGUGAGUGCGUGCGUGAGGGAGGGAGAAAGAGAGAGAGAGGAAUACACACGUGCUGGCGUGUGUCCACGUGUGAGUGAAUGCGUUUGUGUGUGUGUGUGUGUGUGUGUGUUGGUGAAUCUAUAAACCCGCAGGCCAGUGGGGGCGAAAAUUGCGGGGAGCCGUCGGGAUUGGCGCUCACCCUCCCAACCACAGCCACAAACACACACUCUCACACGCAGACACACCUGUGGAUGCAUUGCAUCAUCUACCCAUCCACCAUCCCUCCCCCCAUCCAUCCAGGAACACUCAUAAGUCGUCAGUCACUUGAUCUGAUCUGUCGGCAGGCAAGGCAAGAAGGUGGUAAGUGAGCUAGAGAGAGUAGAGAGUAGAGAGUAUGGAGGUAUAUACACACAGACAGACAGAGAGGGAGGGAGAAAGAGAGCGACUCACCUGGUGAGUUCGCUCGGGACACAGAACACAGGCAGGCAUCGCAUCAUGCCCAGGCAGGAAAAGGGUGAGCCAGUGAGCCAGCCGGCCUGUGUUUCGUGUAGGUGUAUUAUGUAGACAGAGAGAGAGAGAGAGAGAGCCCAUAUAUAGUACAGACAGACCGACGGCCUUGCUGAGCGGUGGAGAGGGGCGUGCGUGUCCUGAGGUGCAAAAAUGCAUGCGUGUUUGUUGCAGAAAACGCCCGCACCAGCCACCCCACCCGGCCACCGCACCAGUAACACCUUUCCCUUCCUCUCUUCAAUCAACACGCAGGCAGAAGCCAGACAUACAGACCGACAGACCUGUGGGCAUGCAGGCGGGGCAAAUAAUGUGCGCACAAAUGGAAGAAAAGCGCCACGCGCCGGGUGAAGGGAAGGGCGUCGGUAUGCGGGAUGGGCGGCCCUUCGGCCGUCUUGUUUGUGUCUUGCUGCGCCAUCCGCCGCCCCCCACCCGGCCGUGCAUCAAUCAAUCAAUGAAUCAAUCAGGCAGGCAAUCAGGCCCGUGGCGGGUGGGCCCUCGGAAAAUCGGUGGGUCGCUCCGCUCCCUCACCUUGCCAUCCAUCCACCCACCCAUUCACUCGAGCAUCCACUUGAGCAUAUCGACACAGCCUAGAAGAAGCCUAGACUGACUGCUGCCAUCCCUUUCCACUAGCAACCCUCCCGCUGCCCACCCACCCGCUCGCUCAGCCCACCCAUUUGAGACUCACAUCACAGAGUGGUCUUCCGCUUGGCAAACCUGACACACACAUCCAAUCCCCACACGCACACACACACACACACAUGCAUGACACACACCUCACUUCACCUGACCUCAUCCUUUCCCUUCCCCCCCGCCCCACCAACCCACCUGUGUCCGAUGGCCGUGGUGAUGUCCUCGACGGUCUUCCACAUGCGCUUGGGCGACCCCUCGCUCGCCGGCGACGACACAUCGCUAUCGCCCGACGACGACGCAUCGCUGGGCGACCGCGAGAGCGACGGCAGCAGGAGCACGGCCGACCGCACCGACCGCAGAGGGGAGGGGCGGGGGGAGGAGGGCACAGAGGGCGACUGGCUGGUGCGCUUGGGAGUGCCGGCGAGGUCGGUGGUGGAGGCGAGCUGCAGUGACUGCGCCCUGUCGCGGGCGAGGAAUGACUCGGGUGGCGGCUGCUUGCAGGGGGAGAAGACAAGCUCCUCGCCCUCCUGAUGACACACACACACACACACAGAGAGAGAGAGAGAGGUGAGUGUGGGUGUGACUGUUUUGCUGGCUGAUCUGGGCACCGCACAGACAUACCUGCGGCUCUAGCCAUCCGUGUGCGCUGCCGUCUUUGUACUCACGGUCCUCCAUGCUAGCACUCAGGUCGUCCAAACACUCCUCCAACGACGCAUCACUCAACAUCAGCAUCGGACCCUACACACACACACACACACACAGACAGAUGGAGGAUGCAAUCCACUCCUCCACCGACCCUCCCUCCCCCGCACCCCACUUCCUCACCUUAGCCAGUCUGAAAGUGUCCUGCACAGUGCCGUCCUUGAGCGUCUCGAUCUUGGCACUGUUGACGACGAACCCAUGUGUUCUGACGGUCCGCAUGACCCACGCCAGCAUGCCCAUCUCCGCCGGCCCCCUGAUGAACAGCUCCCCCUCCUGCCCGCCGCCAUGUGCAUGUGUGUGCCGGCACACGCGGGUCGAGACACGGGGGUGGGGGUGAGGGGGGGAGGACAGCUCGGGGAUGGGCGCCAACAGGGGAGACCGACCGCCUGCAGCAGAGGGGAGGGAUGGAGGGAUGUCACACACACAACAGUCAGUCUGGUGGUGUACACCUCUGGGGUGGUGAGAGUGCGGCUGGCUUUGACGCUGGCUGACCAGUGGAAGAGCUCAGCGAGCUGCUGAGGCCUGAGUGGGUGCUACACGUGUCGUCAUCGUCACAGGGCUGAGACAAAGCCUGCAGGCACCGACACACACAGACAGAACAGACAACAGUCAAGUCAAUGAGAGGUGACCGGUGUCACCGUCAGAUGCCCAGCCACGGCGCCCACACCCAUGUCUCAGCACGUGCACCCCUCCCCACCUUCCCCUUGUCUCCCUGCUCACCUCCUCAAGCACAGCCUUCAACCUGGGUAGCGUCAUGGGCUGCAUGCCGUUGCCGGCGCCGUCCGCCGCAUGUUCGAGCUGGAAGACGUCCUUGAUGCCGCUGCGGCGGCUCUGGGCGCGGGCGGUUGCGAUGGAGUAGCCGUGUGAGAUGAAGCAGGUGGUCAGGAGCUGAAGGAGACCGGCGCGGUCGUUGCCGGUGAUUUCGACAUACGGAUGGUCCGGUGUGCCGACCACCGACACCCUGUACGCCGGGAGGUGCUUCGCCUGGCAGUCACUCGACGGUCUCGCUCUCAGCAUUCACACUUUUUUUCAGUGGGUGGGAGGGAGGGAUGGCAGGGAGGGAGGGCAGCUAGCCAGGUGUGGUGUCGCGACAGUCUCUCUCUCUCAACAGGAUGUUGGUGUCUGAUCCUCGUUCUUGCCCUUGUCUUCCGGUCCACUUGCGGA